AUGUGAGGAGAAAUUUCCUGUUGCACGUCACUUGUGGCGAAAACCCUAGAAAAACACAAUGCAGAACGACGCUGGGGAAUUUGUAGAUCUCUACGUUCCUCGAAAAUGCUCUGCUAGCAGCCGGAUAAUUGGUGCUAAGGAAAUACAUGCCUCCAUCCAGAUGAAUAUUUCUGAGGUUGAUAAAGUCACAGGCAGAGUCUGCAAAACUUACGCAGUUUGUGGAGCAAUUUGCAGAAUGGGGGAAUCUGAUGACUCAAUCCUGCACCUUGCAAAAGAAAGAAUAAUUUCUAAAGCACGACGAAGAAGCACGAUGUGA